AUGGCCCAAUUCGAUGAUAAUUGGUUUGUUGUGCAAUUCACUUUUAGGGCGCUGGCAAAACCUAAAUCGGAGCUUACUCCCGAGGAGCUCGCGAGACAGGAAGAGGAGGAAUUCAACACCGGUCCACUCUCCGUCCUAACGCAAUCGGUGAAAAACAACACUCAGGUUCUGAUAAACUGCCGCAACAACAAAAAGCUGCUGGGACGCGUGAAAGCCUUCGACCGUCACUGCAACAUGGUACUGGAGAACGUAAAGGAAAUGUGGACGGAAGUUCCGCGUACUGGCAAGGGCAAGAAGAAGGUGAAGCCGGUGAACAAGGAUCGCUUUAUUUCGAAGAUGUUCCUGCGCGGUGAUUCGGUGAUUCUGGUACUUCGUAAUCCACAGGCAACAGCGGCCGGAAAGUGAACCGUUUCCUACGAUCCAAUAAACUAGCUUUAAGUAAUUUCGUACAAUCCACGUUUAUUUUGAAUGUAAUGGAAAAGAAAUACAACUGUAAGAACCAGCAA